AUGCUCUUGACAACCCAGUUAAUGGCCCUCGGCCUCUUGACCAGGGUCGUCUUGGCUGCCCCAACGGCACCGUUGGGCACCUCUCUCGCACUCGAAGAGCGGCAGCAGCUCAACGAACCACCAGCACCCAAGUGUCGCAAAAUCGACAUCGUGUACUCAAAAGUCAAGUUCUCCGAGCCUUACUACUUGCCCCCGGAGCGGCCCAACGCCUGGGAGUGCACGUCCAACAUGAAGGAAAAGUGUACCGUCGGUACCAGCGCCACGCACUCCGUGGGGGGUUGUCGCAAAACCAGGGGCGUCACCAAGAGCGUCAGCACCAAGCUGGCGCCCCAGAUCGAGCUCGGGGAUAUCAUGAAGUUGGGCGGCGAGCUCGGCUUCAGCUACUCGUGGACGACGACGGACGCAAAGUCGUCGAGCUCGACCGUGUACUGCCCCGCGGGAGGCAUGACCUGCGGCAUACAGGUCAAAAGCAAGGUCGUGAAGAUCACGUUCCACGCGCGGGAGGUGUGGAAGGACUGUGGAACUCGGGACCCGGAGGCUGACUACACCGUCACCGCGCCUCUCAUUUCCAAAAGCAAGGGCACCAACAAGGACCAGCAGGCGGAGCAGAACUUCGAGUCGUGCUUCAUUGCCUGCCCGAAGAACGACGAGAAAUGCAACAAGAUCGCCUACGAGGCCAAGAUGCCCCUCUGUCCCGGGACAAAGGCCUACGGGCCUGGCAAGACCACGGGAGACUUCCCGCCCAAGCCGCCCACCAAGCCUAAGCCCAAGCCCAAGCCUAAGGAAAAGAAGCCAAACAAGGACAAGGACAAAGGCAAGGACAAGGACAAGGGCAAGGAUAAGGGCAAGGAUAAGGGCAAGGAUAAGGGCAAGGACAAGGAUAAGGGCAAGAAACCUCCGAAAGAAAAGAAGCCCGAAAAGGACAAGGGCAAAAAGCCUGACAAGGACAAGAAGCCCAGCAAAGACCAGAAGCCUAGCAAGGAUCAAGGCCAGGCUGGUGGUCCGGAGAAAUGUUUGAAGUACUACAAGGUGCAGCCAGGUGACAGCUGUCCCUCGAUCCAGUUCAAGUUCGCCAUCAGCUUCAGCCAAUUCCUCACUUGGAAUCCUUCAAUUGGAAGAAACUGUGAGAACCUGUGGAAGGGCUACCCAUAUUGUGUUAAAGGGAAACCUUGA